UCUUGGUUCUUCUAACAAGUUCAAAACUGCCUGGUAGAGUGGCAGUGGUAGACCAACUAUUUCACCACGCACCGGACCGCAGAAGAUUGAAUUCGCCCCUAUAAAAUAAUUUUAAAAAGAAAAGAAAAUAAAAUAAGAAAAAAAUCUGGUUGGGCCGUUCAAUGGCGGCCACAGUACCCUAUAUAAACCAGCCACGAAUUCAACCCCUCCAGACGGGCGAAACACACUCAGCCUGUUACGUUGUUGCCGCCCCGUCGCCACCCUAAAAUUUCGCCUCUGUUAUCCGAAUUUCCCUUCACUUACUAGAAAAAACUUUUAAACCCUAAAGUUUCACUUUUGGAACCAACAUGAAGCGCUCUCGCCCCGACUGCUCCUCCAGUGGCAACAUCCGUGUCCUCAACCCUCCACCAGCUGCUGCUUCUGCUUCUGCUUUUCGGUGGGACGCACGCGCCACUUCUUCCAUAAUCUCUGCCUAUGCGCCUUCGCCGAAGGUUUGGGAGAUAACGAGGGUAGGGGUUUUGAUCGUGUCGGCGCCGGAUGCGACUGUGGAAAUCGGGCAGCAGCAGGGAGAGCAAGAGAGUCAUUUCUUGGAUAAAUGCUUCUUUUGCAAUAAGGGGCUGCGUCAGAUUGAUGAAAGAUUUAUGUACGGUGACUUUUGUGCAUUUUGCACUCCUGAAUGCCGCUCUAAACAGAUUGCUGUUGACAAGGAGAAGGAGAAAGUUUCUAAACAAUCAACUGGAACAAAGACAGAGUUUAGUAGGAAGAAUGAUUUGCAGUAUCAGCCUGGUGCUCAACCGCAGAAGCACGCAUAUUAACUUUGUCCUACAUAACUAGUUAGUUCACUAACUCUGGUGGUGCACAGAUUGUCAAGUUUUUGAGAUUGGCAUGCACUUGUUCACAUGGCAUCAUGGCUGACACAUCAUCAGUAUGGUACACUUGCACUAGCGGUUUUUCUAGGAGUAAAAUCUCUAGGUGUUUGGAGGAUUUAACAUUUUGUUUCAACUUUGAAGCUGAAUUAUGAUGCCAUGAUAUGAUAUUUUUGAUCUUUCAAAAUGCUCCUCGCUCGGAUAGUUUGUUCACUCAUUUAUCAUUUGGUUACAGUCACAGGUUCUUCUCCACUCUCUCAUUCCAUUUUACUGAUACUUACAAUUUUCAGAAGAUGAAUUUCACCUUUUUUUUGUUUUGGAUUUGCUGUUAUUUCUUCUCUUAUGUUUCAGCUUGUAUCUUUUCAUGAAUAUCCUAGCCUAUCAAUAUGAACUGUAUGAUAUGAGUAAUUCAAACAUGCAUUAUGUCUGACAAUUCAUCAUAUAUAUGUUUAAGAAGUGUAGUACAUGUGCAAAAAACAUGUCUCGGAAACAGUUAGCCUAAUACUGAACAAGUCUUAGUCGCGUUAGUGUUUUCUGAAAUCUGUUGUUGUGGUUAAUGUUACUUUCAUCUGUCGGCUGAUUUUUCUUUCAUGGAAAUGGGUGGUUUUAACAUUUACAGAACAAUCUGAAAUAUGUUUUUAA